AUGGGCAUAUUUCACGAUGGCAGCAAAGACAAUACGACUUGUCCAAUGCCCAGGCCCCUCGUAGCUGAUGCAUCGGAGAAUUUCGUAGGCGAAUAUACUUUCCACAAGUUUAACAUGAUCCUUUCCGGGGCCUGUACGGCUAUUACCUGCUUCGUCAUCCUGUUUACGAUGAUCAAGCACUCCUUACGCUUCAGUAACCCCAACGAGCAGCUCAAAAUUAUGCGAAUUGCUACCCUGUUGCCCAUCUACUCGAUCCUGUCCUUUAUCUCUAUCUGUUUCCCAAACAGCUAUGUUUACCUUACCGGCUGGGUAGAGGUCAUUGAGGGUAUUGCCUUAUACACCUUCCUCAUGCUGCUUUGCGACUUCCUGGCUCCCAAUGACCGAAAUCGUGUGGACUUCUUUGCGUCUUUGAGAAUUCCCAGUAGGAUGGACAAAACCAAGACAAAUGACGGGUUGACAUGGCUUCAGGAAACCUGGUACUCGGUCCUCCAGUAUCCCAUGGUCGCCAUUCUUAUCGCCAUCGCGAUAUGUAUAACUGAAGCAGCUGGCGUGUACUGUCUGGAAAGCAACAAUAGACACUUUGCUCAUCUUUGGCUUAAUAUCACCCGAAUCAUAUCCCUCGGCUUCGCAAUCUCAGCAAUCAUCCGCUUUUACACCAAUCUUAAGUCCCAUAUGCAAGAGCACAAGCCACUGACAAAGCUGGUUGCGUUCAAGAUGGUCAUUGGCCUGGUCUUUCUAGAAAAUAUCGUUUUCACGAUUCUACACUCAACGAGCGCUCUCAAGGAGACAUCAACACUGAGCUAUGCCGACGUAUACAUUGGAAUUCCGACUAUGAUCAUUUGCAUCCAAAUGGUUCCCUUUGCAUUCUUCUUCAGCUACGCAUACUCUACCAAGCCUUACCGAGUGAGUGGCAGCAGUGCCCGCAACGACAACUCCCAGGAAUAUCUCGCGGUUGAGGAAAUCGAGGCGGGCAAAACAUACAGAUCACGCACGUACCAAGGUGGUCCUCUUGGUAUAUGCGCCUGGCUUGCCUUUUGCAACGCCUUGGAAUUCUUCCGCGAAAUUACGUCUACAUAUCGUAUGUUCCGCGAGGGUCGGAUGCAAUGGGUGGAUCCCACGGUGUCGCAGGAAAGCUACCGGAUGCACAGCGGCAUGUAA